AUGCGACUGCAUUGGAUAGACGAUACACUCGAGCAGCUUCCUGAAGUUGGUCGAUUGUGGAGAGUGACGUUCUUGUCAGCUGUAGGAAACGUCCCCCAGCUUGGGGCUCACAGUUUCCUCUCCGGUUUGGAGUCGAAAGUGGUCACACGAACGAUUGUCAGUGGCAACGAGCUCUCAGGGUCUUUCCGACUGAGCUUUCUCGAUAGACAAAGUCGUCCUCUGGCUCAUGAUGUCGCAGCUGAAGAUCUUCGAUUAGCUCUACUGGAAGAUCUGCCUGCGCUAAUUGACGCUCGUGUGACGCGUACGGAUGCAAACGGCCAAUGCGUGCAAGGGUCGACACUUGCUGGUCAAACUGCUAGCUCGUCGAUUACUGCGGUUGAUCCAAAUCUCGAUCAAGGUCUGUACAGAGCGUCAGAGUGGCAGGUGCCCGAAGAUGACCUUGUCGAGGUCUCAGAUAGCACGAAGAAUUAUGCUGCCAAGCGUUGCCGUGCUGGUCGUGGAGCUGCUGGAGGAUUCGUGUGGAAAUUACAGUUCUGGACGCGAGAAGGGAACGGGGUAUCGAUGAGUCCGACGUCUAGCUCCAUGAUGGAGGUCGCGUCUCCCGCUGCCUUGACGGUGGAUUACUCAGAGCUGAAAGGACUAGACACCGUGGCUGAGAUCGUCGACUCUCAGUGCUUUUCACUCGCGUUUGGUGGCGCUGGAGCUUCAUUUGCGGGUCCAGGGGGCUUUGGAUAUGCUGAAUCUCCUUGGGUGGCACCACCUUACGCGGAUGAGCUAGUAACUGAUCUGUUAGGAGGAAGUGGAGGAGCCGGGGGCGGACAGGAACCUUUUGAUGUUUACCCGGUAGUUCAGCCAACUCAAGGUGGCGCUGGUGCUGGUGCCAUUAUGCUCUCAGCGAUCAACGAUGUCCUUAUCGGCCCCAAUGCGAUCAUCUCUGCGAACGGCGGGAACGGAGGCGCUGGCUUCACACCAGGCGGUGGGGGCUCUGGAGGGUCAGUAUUGUUGGUAAGUGGCUCUACUGUGUCGAAUCAUGGAAUGCUGGAAGCUAUCGGAGGGCAUGGAGGCAACGAGCUUACGGCUGGUCAUAGUGGGGGUGGAGCGUCCAAGUGA